AUGGAUUCAGGAUGGUGGAGGCCUUUUUCAAAGGCCGAUUCCCGAGUCCCUUUCCAAGAACGCUUCCUUCAUCAGAAGAAUUCUUCGCAGGAUCAGGAUAACUUGGAUAGGUUUAUUCCAAAUAGAUCAGCAAUGGAUUUCGGUUACGCUCACUAUAUGCUGACGGAGGGUACAAAGGGAAAAGAAAAUCCAGAGGUGAUUACACCAUACCAGAAAAAACUCGCAGAAGCCGUUAACAUCAAUGACAGAACUCGAAUAUUGGCUUUCAAGAAUAAGCCUCCGCCACCUGUUGAACUCAUACCUAGGGAAAUUCUUUCACCGCCUCCUCAAUCCAAAUUAUCCAAACCCAAAAGAUGUAUUCCUCAGACUUCUGAGAGGACCUUGGAUGCCCCCGAUAUCUUGGAUGAUUUUUACUUAAAUUUACUAGAUUGGGGUAGCGACAAUGUCCUUAGUAUCGCCCUUGAAAAUACAGUUUAUCUUUGGAAUGCUUCAGAUAGUUCCACUUCAGAACUUGUCACUGUGGAUGAGGAAUAUGGUCCUGUCACAAGUGUUAGUUGGGCCCCAGAUGGACGUCAUUUAGCUCUUGGUUUGAACAACUCCCAUGUCCAGAUAUGGGAUACCGCUGCUUCAAAACAGCUAAGGACAUUAAAGGGUGGACAUAGAGCAAGAGUGGGUUCACUGGCUUGGAACAGUCACAUUCUGACAACAGGAGGAAUGGAUGGUAAAAUAGUAAACAAUGAUGUUAGAGUGAGAUCUCACAUUGUUGAAACGUACAGAGGACACAACCAGGAAGUUUGUGGGCUCAAGUGGUCAUCCUCAGGACAUCAACUGGCUAGUGGUGGAAAUGAUAAUGUUGUUCACAUAUGGGAUAGGUCCGUGGUUUCCUCAAAUUCACCCACUAAUUGGCUUCAUAGGUUUGAGGAACACACGGCUGCUGUGAAGGCACUAGCUUGGUGUCCUUUUCAGGGUAACCUAUUGGCAUCUGGUGGAGGUGGGGGUGAUCAUUGCAUUAAACUGUGGAACACACACACAGGUGCGAGACUGAAUUCUUUCGACACAGGAUCACAAGUUUGUUCUCUGCUCUGGAACAAGAAUGAGCGCGAGCUUCUUAGCUCACAUGGGUUCACUAAAAACCAGCUCACCCUUUGGAAGUAUCCUUCAAUGGUGAAGAUGGCGGAACUCAACGGUCACACCUCGAGAGUGCUGUACAUGACACCGAGCCCGGAUGGGUUUACUGUGGCAUCUGCAGCCGCAGAUGAGACUCUCAGGUUUUGGAAUGUCUUUGGAAACCCAGCAACAGCAGGAAAAGCUGUGCCAAAGGCAUAUAAUGAACCGUUUGCAAAAUUCAACCGUAUCCGGUAA